AUCCUCGCUGUUUUUCUGCCGCUUGACUCUCACGCAGCCUUUUUCUCGGUCUCUCGUUUUCACAUGUAAAACACGUUGAUUCUACUAAUUCAAGAUGGCGCGUGGUCCCAAAAAGCAUUUGAAGCGGCUUAAUGCCCCCAAGGCGUGGAUGCUGGAUAAGUUGGGGGGUGUCUAUGCCCCUCGACCAUCCACCGGACCCCACAAGCUUCGGGAAUCUUUGCCUUUGGUGAUUUUCCUGAGAAAUCGUCUCAAGUAUGCAUUGACCAAUUCAGAAGUUACGAAAAUUGUGAUGCAGCGUUUGAUCAAGGUCGAUGGCAAAGUCCGCACAGACUCAAACUACCCUGCUGGGUUUAUGGAUGUCAUCACCAUUGAGAAGACAAACGAAUACUUCCGCUUGAUCUAUGAUGUCAAGGGACGUUUCACGAUCCAUCGCAUCACACCAAUUGAAGCUGCGUACAAACUGUGCAAAGUCAAGCGCGUCCAAACUGGACCCAAAGGAAUUCCAUUUUUGGUAACACAUGAUGGUAGAACCAUCCGUUACCCCGACCCUUGCAUCAAGGUCAACGACACAAUUCAGUUGGAAAUUGCCACAGGCAAGAUCCUUGACUCAAUUCGUUUUGACAACGGAAAUUUGUGUAUGAUCACUGGAGGGCGAAAUUUGGGUCGCGUUGGUACAGUUGUUAACCGUGAACGUCAUCAGGGAUCUUUUGACAUUGUUCAUAUAAAAGAUGCCCAGGGACAUGUUUUUGCCACACGCCUUAACAACGUGUUCAUCAUUGGCAAAGGUACAAAGCCCUAUGUCAGUUUACCCAGAGGAAAGGGUAUCAAAUUGUCCAUCGCUGAAGAGCGUGAUAAGAGAUUAGCUUCCAAAGGUGGUCUUUAAAAUACAUUAUUUUAAUAUCCACAAUAAACAAAUUAUUUUUA